GAGAUCGCUAAGGCCAACUAAUAAACAUAGCUUCAUACUAAAUUCCUCUCCUGAGCACGUCCGCUAAAGUCUCAAAUUUAGCCGUCGGAAUCCGAUGCAACUUGUCAUCUUUCCUUGGUCUGUUCUAAUUUCCCCUACUACGACAACUCGCACAUCGAUAUUGCUAGCAUGUUGCAAUCUAUUGGGGGAAUGAUCCUGCAUGGUGUGAUCUAGACAGAGUCAACUAUAUGGGAAUAGAACAUGGAGCAGAAAAUGAUAAAUACCCCAUCGGCGCCUUGAAUAUUCUCCAUCAUCCCAAUCACAACAGCUCUCUGGUCUCUACAGUUCCUUCAGACUUCCACAUUCAAACAACAACCCGUCAUCAUUCAAGAUGAAGUUCACUACUGCUAUUGCUACUGCAAUCCUUGCUGGCACCGCACUCGCUGCCCCUGAACGCGGCCUCGCAGCUCGUGUCAAAGCUCGUGCAGCUGCCGCUCGGGGUUCUCGCCCUCUCCAGACUGUUCAGGAGCCAGCAGGCGUGACCAACAAGACAAAUGUUCAGUACAGUUCCAACUGGUCUGGCGCUGUUCAGGAGAACCCUCCCUCCGCCGCAGCCACCUACACCGCAGUUACUGGUACCUUCACGGUCCCUGAGCCCACUGGUGGAUCCGGUAGUUCUUCCGCCUCGGCGUGGGUUGGUAUCGAUGGUGACACCUACAGCGAGGCUAUCCUCCAGACUGGGGUCGACUUUACUGUGACGGAUGGCCAGGCCUCCUUCGAUGCUUGGUACGAAUGGCUGCCCGACUAUGCUCAUGACUUCACCGGCAUCGACAUCUCAGCAGGCGAUGUGAUUGUUGCUAUCGUCGAGUCGCACUCCUCUACCAGUGGAGUUGCCAUUAUCGAGAAUCAAAGCACUGGCCAGAAGGUCUCUAAAGAACUUAGUUCCUCUUCACCCCUCGGCGGGAUCAAUGCUGAGUGGAUCGUCGAAGACUUCGAGCAAGGUGGCUCCCUGGUUGACCUGGUUGACUUUGGCACCGUUACCUUCACUGGUGCCGAAGCAAAGGCUGCCGGUGGCCAGACUGUUGGCCUGACCGGUGCCACUGUCAUUGACAUCGUCCAGGGCAGUAAGGUUGUGACCGAUGUGACCAUUGACAGCGACUCCGAGGUUACUAUUCGCUACGUCUAA